AUGACGAGGGAUGAAGAAGGUACUGUAGAAGACUUGGUGCUUCUGCAAGAUGUUACGCACGAUAAUAUUGUUGCAGCCUUACGUAACAGAUUUUGGGAAAUUAACUCUUGGCUUGUUCUAAUUUCUAUUCUGGGCAAGGGCAUUUCCAGAUUUCUGGAAGGCAAAAUUUACACAUAUAUUGGUGAGGUGCUUGUUGCCGUGAAUCCGUACCGGGAUUUGCCAAUUUACGGAAUGGAAACUGUCCAGAUGUACAAAGGGCGCGAAAUUUACGAACGCUCACCACACGUUUUCGCAAUUGCAGACGUAACAUACCGGUCGAUGAAAUGGCACGAGCAUGAUGUCUGUAUUGUCAUAUCCGGUAAAGUACUUCAGGAAAGCUUGUUCCCGGUAUCAUUAACAAAAGCAGACGAAAAAGCACUAAAUGAUGCCGAUGUGUAA